AUGAUUGAAUUACAUAAGCCAGUAAUGCUAAAUGAGGCAUUAAACUACCUGAAAAUAAAAGAAAAUGGGAUUUAUAUUGAUUGCACCUUUGGAACCGGCGGACACUCCCAAAAUAUAUUAACAAAGUUAAAAAAUGACAAAUCAGCCCAAGAAAUAGUUAAAAAUAAGGAAAUAUUCAACUCUCCUCAAUUUCAGUUAAUUUCGGAUAAUUUUGCUAAUCUAGAAAAGCAUUUAGAAAGUUUAAAAAUUAAAGAAAUAGAUGGUUUUUUAUUUGACCUCGGUCUUUCAUCUAGCCAGUUAGAUGCUGAAAGCAGGGGGUUUAGUUAUCGGUUAAACUCUCCUUUGGAUAUGAGAAUGAACCAAGAAAACAAAUUACAAGUCGAAGAAAUUAUUAAUAAUUAUUCCCAGGAAAAAUUAGCCGACAUUUUUUACCAUUACGGCGAGGAAAGAAAAGCCCUAGGAAUAAUUGCUUCUUGUUUUCCUAAAAAAGGAAAUAAACAUCCUGCACGCAAAGCAUUCCAAGCCCUAAGAAUAUACCUUAAUAGAGAACUUGAAAACUUGACCCAUGCCUUAGAAAUUGCGGUCAAACACCUUGCCCCCGGCGGAAAAAUGGUGGUUAUCAGUUAUCAUUCCCUUGAAGACAGAAUUGUUAAGCAGACAUUUAAAGAGUAUAAUGCGGUGGAGGAUUUUCAACUAAUUUGUAAAAAACCUUCGGUUCCCGACCCGACAGAAAUAAAAAAAAACUAUCGGGCUCAUAGUGCCAAAAUGCGAGUUUUGGAAAGAAUUAAGUAA